AUGGAGGUUAACAAAAAAGAGAAUGAGAAGAAAUACAUUUUAGGCAUAGAAGGGAGCGCGAAUAAAUUAGGAAUAAGUAUUAUAAAUGAAGAUAUGAAUAUAUUAAUAAAUAUGAGAAGGACAUAUAUAUCUGAAAUAGGGUGUGGAUUUAUACCUAGAGAAAUUAGUGCUCAUCAUAAAUAUUAUAUAAUAGAUAUGAUAAAGAAUUGUUUAAAAAAAUUAAAUAUAAAAAUAAGUGAUAUUACAUUAAUAUGUUACACAAAAGGCCCAGGUAUAGGAUCAGCUCUUUAUAUAGGUUAUAAUGUAGCAAAAAUUUUAUAUUCUUAUUUUAAUAUACCAGUGGUUGGAGUUAAUCAUUGUAUUGCUCAUAUAGAAAUGGGUAUAUAUAUAACAAAAUUAUAUAACCCUAUAGUUCUUUAUGUAAGUGGAAGUAAUACACAAAUUAUUUAUUAUAAUGAUCAUAAAAAGAAAUAUGAAAUUAUAGGAGAAACCUUAGACAUUGCCAUAGGUAAUGUUAUUGAUCGCUCAGCAAGAAUUUUAAAAAUUUCAAAUGCACCUUCACCAGGAUAUAAUGUGGAACUCUUAGCUAGAAAAAAAUAUCUACUAAAUAUUUUGAAAAAAAAAAAAAAUAAAAGUAAUAUGAAACAAGAACAAGAAGUCAAAGAUAAUAAUAUCAACACAGAUGAAUUAAAUGAUAAACAAAUGAAUGAUAAUAAAAAAAUUGAAGACUUUACAGAAUUAUUAUUCUUUCCUUAUACUAUUAAAGGUAUGGAUAUAUCUUUUAGUGGUUACGAUUUUUAUAUUACCAAAUAUUUUUGCAAAUAUAUGAAUAAAAAAUCUAAAGCUCUAAAUAAGGAGGGAAAAAAAACAGCCCAUCAAAAUUGCCAUGAAAAAGGUAAGGAUAAACAAAAUGGUAAUAAUAUAAAAUAUAAUGAAAAGAAAGACAAAGAAGAAGAAGAAGAAAAAAAAAAAAAAAAAGAAGAAUAUAAAAAGUAUACACAUAAUGAAACAAAUAAAAAAUGCAAAAUACAAAAAAUAAGUGAACAAACAAUUCAUGUUAAUCAAAAUGAAGUAGAAAAAGAAAAUUUUGAACAUACGCAACUUUUAAAUGAUAACAAUAAAAUUGAUUAUGAUAUGCAUAAAGAAAAUAUACAUAAUUAUCAUAAUAAUGUCAAAGAUGAUAUUCAAGAUAAUCAUAAAGAUAGCGUGCAAAAUAUAAAUGAUGAUGAUAAUAAUAAUAAUAGUAAUACCCUUCAAAAUAAUAAUAAAUUAUUUUAUGUUGCUGGUCUUAAAGGUAAUUCCUACUAUGAAGAUAAUAUAAUUUUUGAAAGUGAACAUAAAGAAAACUACGGAGAAAAUGACCAAUAUAAUGAUGAUAAUUGUUCUAUUGAAACUGCUAGUGAUUUCUAUGAAAAAAGUUUAAAUGAAGAGGAACAUGAUAUAAUUGAUCUUACAGAUGAAGAAAAGAGAAAAAUACAAAUAUGUUAUAGCUUACAACAUCAUAUUUUUAGUAUGCUUAUUGAAAUUACAGAAAGAGCUAUAGCAUUUACAAAUAGUAAAGAGGUUAUAAUUGUAGGAGGAGUUGGAUGUAAUUUAUUUCUUCAAAAUAUGAUGAAAAAAAUGGCUAAACAAAAAAAUAUUAAAAUUGGAUUCAUGGAUCAUAGUUAUUGUGUUGAUAAUGGAGCUAUGAUAGCAUAUACGGGUUAUUUAGAAUAUAUACAUGCAAAAAAUAAAGACAUAUAUAAUUUUAAUAAUAUAACCAUUCAUCAGAGAUAUCGAACUGAUGAUGUAUUUGUAACAUGGAAAUGA